UCCGUUCUCAGAACCAAGAAAACCACCUGUCCGCUCUCAGACUCCUCCCGAUCCAUCAAACAUAGUACAAACAUGGCGAAGGUUCACCCUAACAUGGUGCCCCGGCCGGUCAGCGCCGUCACAGAGCGGGCGGCGGAGGCGCCGACGACGCUGACGGUGUGGCGCAAGUCGCUGCUGUUCGACUGCAAGGGCUUCACGGUGUUCGACGCCAAGGGCAACCUGGCCUACCGCGUCGACAGCUACGCGUCCGAGACCGGCGACGAGGUCGUGCUCAUGGACGCGGCCGGCCGCCCCGCCUUCACCGUGCGGCGCAAGCGGUUCAGCCUCCAGGGAGAUCAGUGGCUUGUGUUCGCCGGCGAGGAGACGCGACGGCCGGUCUACGCCGUCCGGCGGAGCGGGAGGGGCAAGACGAUGGCGCAUGUCACUGCCUGCGGCGGGGGCGCUUCGCCCUCAGCGUCGUACGAGGUGGAGGGGUCGUACGCGCGGCGGUGCUGCGUGAUGUACGACGCCGAGAGGCGUGCGGUUGCGGAGGUGAGGCCCAAGGAGGUGGUCGGCACGGACGUGUUCCGCCUGGUGGUGCAGCCCGGCGUCGGCGUCUCGCUCGCCAUGGCCGUGGUCGUGGCGCUCGAGCAGAUGUUCGCCAGGCCGUCCCUCCUCCGGAGCUGGUCUACGUAAAUUAGUUAGCUAUAUAUAGUUUGUUUGUUGUAUUUAGAUCUAGUCAAGCUAGCUCUUUUUGCCCCUUCCACUUGGGGUUGGGUUGGGGUUAUGAACGAGUGAAAAUCGAUGGAUGAUCGAUGUGUGUGGGCAUGAGAGCAUCCUAUGCUCCGUGACGCCUCCAAUUCGCAAAUACUGGUAUAUGGCCAACUGAAUUUGCUGACAAUUCGUAGAAAACAAGAUUCUUUUC